AUGGACCAGGCCUGGACUGGCAACCCGUUUGCGCAGCAAAAGUCAGUUGCUGGGGCUAGGAGGCGAGAAGAAUGGGACGACAUCUUCUCUGGAGAAGACAGUGAACAGGUUGUGUAUGAGAAUGACGGCAAGGCGAACUUGAUAUCUAUCUACAAGAAGACACUUCAGGCGGAUGCAUCUCGACCUUUCCAGGUACCAAAGGAGUCUUCUUCAUGGCAACGUUCUGUUCAAAAGGACACCGCAAAUCCUGCGAGGCGGGCUUGGGAGCCAACGAAGCCAGUGUCAAGUGGAGCAAACCAGGAUGAUACCGUUCAGCAGGGCAGGCGACCUUCAUUGGAUCCAGUUGGGUCAUUCGACUCACCCGUUGGUUGGGAUGACGCGCCCCAGGAAGAGUUCGACACUCUGAUCCACCGCCAGCCGUAUGCAUUUGAGCCUCCGCAUCAGCCCCCACAAGAAGCAGCCCGAGAGCAUGAGCCUAGCCAGUCAGAAUUCCCCCAAGAGGAGCAAUCGCCAGAGCCUGUCAACGACUCUGUAACCGGGCAAGAUGGUCAGCCUGGCCUGCCAGAGAAGGGCCGGUCUUUUCUCGACCGAGCUCGAGAUACGUGGGCUCGACCGCCCACGGAACUGGACCAGGCAACACGCGUGGGGGGCUUCACAGAGGAUCCAUUCCGGGAAGUGGGGAGCUUGGGCAUGGGGUGGAGUCAGCAGAGCGAUCAGCCGGCUCGUACGAAGUCUCGGAAAGCUGCACAGCGACCGAAGUUCAGCAUACGUCCUCAGCAUCGGCCCAGUCUCACUCAGGCGAAGGCCAACGUUGGGGCCGGGCUCGUGCCGCUGGCACAGCGGCUGAAGGAGCUGGCGGAGUCUUCGGAGGGAAGUGUUGGCAACAAAAAGGCCCUGCCCGUGCGCCCGACUUCAUAUGAGGAGGAGGCCGAGCAGGACGACAUCGAGGAUCAAGCAUACCACUUUGCGGAGAAUGAAGCGACGGCGUAUCGAGCAGACGACAGGGACGCUAUGGCAGAGGACAUUGAUGUUGACGAGGUGGAGCCAGGGUCGCCUGAACACGAAGCCGAACCACCAGCGCCGCUCGACCACGACUCCCUGGCAGUGGUUCCGGUCGACCAUACGGACGUCCGUCAGGGAACUCUGGCGGAGCGGACGCAAGCGGGCACGUCCGGACGGGAUCUGACGAGUCAGUUCCGGAACGCACUGCACGCGGCUGAGGAGCCCCAGUCUGCGCUGGCGACCCAGGCAGAUUGGGGCAGCAAGCAGCCAGUCGGCGUCCUAGCGCAACUGCAGCGGGCCCUUCAGCGGCAGCGGAAUCAGGAGGCGCUCUUUGCGAAGGCGCUCCAAACCGGGCAGGCUCUGGAUCACGAUGCGCGCGACUGCUUGGACGUCCGGAUACUGGAUACGAGCAUGGAAGCCCACCUGCUCAAAUGCACAUGCGAGGUCCUCCAGGAACCGCAAAACGCUUUCACGGCGUCCGAGUCUCCUGGGGAAACCAUCUUCGUGCUGUUCAACCGCAAAUCGCACUCCGGGGCGGUCUUGGAACCCGGACGGGUCGUGCGGAUACAUCCCCCGUGGCACCAGCUCAUUGCCUGCGGAUCGAAAAAGGUAGUGUUCAAUACCAUCUGUUGUCACAAUCUGCAAUGACGCUGGUGGGCUUCUGAAGACGUAGGCGAUAGCUACUCAAAAGCUCUAGCUGCAAACAUUGAUGAGAAGUGGCGAAGAAGUAGGUUACUCUUGAGUUCCAAUCGUGAACAAGCGAAUUAUAGACAAUGCUGGAAACUGACUUGUGCUUGAAUGUUGGCUUCAAGCGUCCGCACUUUGAAGAUCUCUAAGCAGAUUUGAGUGCGGAAAUGCAGCUACAGCUUUAUAGGCGCCACACUAUAGUGCUGCGUAUGGGCACUCGGCUUCAAAUCCCUGCCGCCUCAUGUGAACCCAAUUGAAUCGAACCCAGAAACCUUGUUCAAAGCGC